UUUUUCUGAAAAAUAAAAAAUUUAGGGUUUUGAAGAGGGAGAGAUGGAUUUGGGUUAGAAGCAAUUCGUUAAACGAGUUUCUUUUUUCUUCAUGAAAUAAUAAUUGGGUGGGUUGGGUUGGAUUUGGGUUAGAAGCAAUUAGUUAAAUGAGUUUUAAUGGGUAAACGAGUUUUAUAUACCCAACUCAAUUAUGCCCACCCCAAACCCACCCAUUUGACACCCCUAGCUGAGACCAAUGAUCUCCAAGUUUGUUAACCAAAAUCAAAUUGGCAUUGAUUGAACCCAAUCACCCUCUUAGGCAGUUGAUAAACUCGAGAGAACUUGAUUAACUGGGAGUCAAGUCACCAAGAGAAUGAUUUCUAAGGACCUAAAUCCCACCAUCCAUAGACUACACACAAAAAUUUGAGAGGAAUCGUGGCCAAUUUUAUAAUUUGCUUUUUCUUAUAAUGUUUUUUUUAAGGAAAAUGUUAAUUUUCUAUUUAGUGCAUCUAAUUUUUUCCAGCUUAGUAUUGUUUGGUUAAUUUAAAAUUUGUUUUCCCAAAUGAUUUUAAAUUAAAAUUAAUGCUUAAAGUUUAUAUCAAUGCACAAAACUUCCAAUUUUAUGAAGCCUAAGAGAUAUGAUGGUAGACAAUCUUACCCCCAAUUUUUUUAGAGUGUCUGAUUUUCAAACUCAAACCUACAAUCAGUCACUUUUAGUGGAAGUAACUUGUCAUUGCAACAAGACUCGACCUCUAAUAACAAUUUUUGUAUAAAAAAUCUGUAGUGAUUCUAGUGAAUGAUAUUAUCUUUAACUUAAUUAGUGUAUAAUCACAUAUAUAUGCAUAGAUACAAUUAAAAGCAAUCACAAGCACACCCAAUAAUUUAUUUGGCACAAAAAUUAAGAAUUGGAUGGACACAUGGCGAAAAAUUGGACUCAAAUUAAAAUCUAACUAAAUUUUCUAUAAGUUUUAACUUUAUAUGUGUGUGUGUACUAGUAUUAUUCCUGUGCAUUGCACGGUUAUAACUAUAAGCUUGUAGAAUAAUUUUAUUGACAAAUGAGUUGAGAUCAUAUAAAUUGCACAUAAAGUAUUAUUCUUAAAGGUUUCAAGUAAUCACACAACUUAUUGAGGUGUAGAUUUUUUUUCAUGAUGUAGAUUUUAUAUUACUUGGUUAUUGCACUCGUUAAGAAUCUAUUUUAGGAAAGUUUUGACAUUACUUUUAUGAGAAAUGAAAAAAACUGUCAAAACAUUAAUUGUUUUUUUUUUCUUUUCCCAUAAAAACUUUCUUUAACUGAAUUCCUAGUUAGCAUUUCCAAAAAAAAAAAAAAACUACCUGCUCAUAGUGAGGGGGUUAUAAACUAAUUGUUCUAAUGAACGAUCUAGAAUGAACUGGUUAGACACUCUCCUCUUCAAACAUAUAAUUAUAUUACUAACAACAAAAAUAAAAAAUAAAAAGUAGUAACAUAAAAAUUUUACUACACAAGAAAAUUAAUUAAAUCUAAUAAUGCAUAUAUAAACGUAACAUAAAUACAGCUCAUAAAUAAAAAAUAUGAAGCCCUUGUAGGAGAGAGAAGAUGAGUAUAUACAAAUUUAAUAAUUCUUAAAUAAAUAAAUAAAGCGUAGGAGAAAAAAAUAAUAAUAAGUACUGAUAUAAUCCUAGACCUUCGAAGACACAACACACAACAUCAUUCACAAGAAUACUAUUAUUAUUAGCCAUAUUAUAUAAACCGUUUAUAAUAACUAAUAAGAACAAAAACUCAUUUCCAAGACUUAAAAAUCAAAUGCCGUAAAAAUCAAGUUGUUAAGUUAAUAAUAGGUUCAUUCUCAAAAAAAGAAAAGAAAAAGUUAAUAACAGAUUAAUUUUUUUUUUUAACUAUUGUUACUUUAUCCAAAAAUAUGAUAAGAACAAAUAAUAUGUUGUUGUUAUAAAAAAAUAAAUUACUGUAAUGAAGAAAAAACAGAUAAUUACUACACACCCUUGAUGUGAUGGUUAUUCUACAAAUAUAAGUGCUUGUGGAGUGUAGGAGGUAAAAGCCGGAUUCAAGUUUUUAGGAGGAAGUUUCACAUACAUAUACACUUAUAUUAGGUUAGAGUAGAAUUUUUGUCUUGUAAAAAAAAAAAAAAAAAAAAAAAAAAAACAACAACAACAACAGAUAACAAAAAUUUAUCAAAUACUAUCCAUAUGUAUAUCGUCUAUACCUCCCAAUGAAAGUGGGCUAAAAAAAAAAAAAGUAGACAACAAAAAUUUAUCAACACCUAUAUAGUGAUAUAGACGACGUACAUAUGAAUAGCUAUCCAUAUUUACAUCGUGUAUAUCACUAUAUCCUCCCAAUGACAGUCAUUUGUUGUUGUUGUUUUUUAUUUAUUUAUUUAUAAUUUUUAUAAUUUUUAAGUAAUUAAUUUAUUAGUAAGUCUUUUUACAACAAAAAGUAUCUGCUUGCUUCAAAUAAGUUGUCGUUCUUAUCUAAAAUAUUUCUGCAAUUUGAAACCCCUCUCACAACUACUGUUACGUCUAACUACCUACGUGGCCUUAAUAUUUACUAUGGUACUGAGGAAUCUAUUCAAACUACGGAAUGAUUCAAUGUAAGCCGAUCUUCUUUGAAAGACUCGUAAAGAGUCCCAAACUACUUGUGUGCAAAAACUCUUAAGUCAUUGAAUCUGUUCACACGGACUCCCAAGCCUAGUUUAUGGGACUUGGGAAUCCCCACGUAUCAAGUACUCACCUUUGCUAAUUGUCACGUGGGACUGGAUUUGAGAACUCUCCCAUGUUCUUAUCUAGUUAUCUCCCACCGUUUCAACCUUAAGAAACCGCCACUAAAUAGUAAAUGACAAAUAUCCAAUCCCAUAUGCUAUUCACUCUUCCCUCUUGAGGAAGAAAAAAAGGAAAAAAAGGAAAAGAAAAUCGAAAAGCAAUGCCCUUCCCUGUUUGCCACCUGAGCUCGUGUACCCACACAGGCCAAGGCCAAGUGUGUGCAAGAGAAAUAAACAGUGAGCUUGGCUUUCGACACGAUCAGUCUGAGUCGUCAUGCCAAGUAUCAGUCCCAAGUCACCAAAAAGCCACGUUUCAUGGAUGUCUUGUACUCAUUACUCUCCAAGACCCAAUUCUUACUUGGCUUGCUUGCUAUAUAAAUAUAGGAUCCGUACCUCCCCUUUAAGCCACACAUCUUAGUACUUAUCUACCAUUCUAGAGUUCUCUGUUGGAACAAUGUUGAAGUCAGGAACGGCUAGUCUUGGAGAGAAAAAGCAGGCCAAAAAGUCUGCACAAGCAAGUUCAAGAAAAGGAUGCAUGAGAGGGAAAGGAGGCCCGGAGAAUGCUAGAUGCACCUACAAAGGUGUUCGUCAAAGAACUUGGGGCAAAUGGGUGGCUGAAAUUCGCGAACCAAAUCGUGGUGCACGACUUUGGUUAGGGACAUUUGACACCUCUCAUGAGGCUGCUAUGGCAUAUGAUGCUGCUGCACAUAAACUUUAUGGCACUGAUGCAAAACUCAAUUUGCCAGAUGUAGCCCUUAAUUCUCAGCAUCCAGCCACUUCCAUUGAUACCCAAAUUAACCCUAUGGAAACUCAUCCUCAAGGUGUGCAUAAUUCAGGUACUGUAUGCUCUUCAAAUAAUAGCCCAAUUGUUAUGGUUGAUGAUUUUACAUCACAUCCCUAUCAAAAUGAUUCUAUCAUGUCUUUUCCUAAUGGAUAUGUUGAGUCUAAUGAAAAGCAAGAGGAAAACAUCUUGAAAUUUGGCGAGAACAGAGAGAUCGAUGGACUUUGGGACAGUAUGAAGGCAAAUUUUCCGGUGUUUGAUGAGACGAUAUGGACAGAGGCUGCUAUGUCACUGGAUUUUCCAGUCAUGGGAGACUCGGGAAUUUUUGCAGGCAACUUGGCAGAUGGAAGUGGCUGGGAUGCCUUGCAUUCUCCAUGGUGCAUGUAAUUAAAAUAGACAAAAUCCUCUUCAUUUCUUUACUUUAAAUGAGAUGGAGAGAGUCUAUUCAACUGUUCACAUUUCAUGUUAUCCAACAUCUAUCAUUAUCCUGUAUGAUGUAUAUAAGUAUCAGCUAUGUGUCUGAGUCCCUUAAAAAAAGAAAAAAGAAAAAAAAAGCUAUGUGUCUGAGUCUGUAUAAGCUAUGUGUCUGAGUCUCGACCCCACGUAGGUUCCUUUGGGCUCUUUCGAGGUCCUUGCAUGUGAAUAUUUUUUACUUCAAAGGUGGGUUCAUGUCUAUGUAGUUUUAUUCUGCUAAUCAAUCACAUGUCAAGCAAGAAGAAGAAAAUAAAUAUGUUACUGUGCAUUUCCCUUA